CUUCCGGCGUCGUCCUCACCAGCGGCAUUUUGCGUCAGCCUUAAUCCAGUUAAAUUAAGGCCUCGGAUGCUCCAGAUCGCUGGAGUCUAGUAGAGAUGCCGGGGCGGGGAAGGAGCCAGAGUGGUGGUCCACAUAGGACACCUGAAAGUAAGAAGCUGGGUGCCGCUGCCUGGGAGACUCGCCCCGGGGCCGGAACGGGGGCCGCCAUGUCGGGGGCGGUCUCCUUUCCCGCUGCCACCGCUGCGUCUCGCCGACAGCGUCCGUUGGUGACCUCGCUGAGGUGCCCGGCUGAGGUUGGUGUAACUUUUGAAGACAUUGCCCUGUACUUCUCUAAGAAAGAAUGGUACCUCCUUGAUGAGGGUCAGAGACGCCUGUACCUGGAUGUGAUGCUGGAGAACUUUGAACUUAUAUCCUCGCUGGGUUGCUGCUGUGGAGCCGAGGAUAUGAAAGCAUCAAGUGAACAAAACGAUUCUAUAGGAGUGUCAAAGGCAAAGAAUCCCAGUAUACUUUUGUCUCCCAGGCAACGCCAUCCCUGUGAGAGUUGUAGGCCAGUCUUGAAAGACAUUUUUCACUGCAUUGAGCAGCAGGAAACACAACACAGCCAGAAACUGCUGAGAUGUGGAGCAUGUGGACAACAAUUUUAUUUCAGUGCAAAGUGUCAGCAGCAUCAGGAGCACCACAUGAGAGAGGAGUCUUUCAUAAGAGGAGUGGAUAGGAUGUCACUUGCGAAAACCUGCAGUUUUAAUGUGUUCCAGAAGCUUUUUACCUAUGGCAAUGUUGGGCAGGACAUCCUUACCAGGUCAGGACAUCUCCAGCAACAGGCUACUCAAACCAGGGACAAGCCAAAUGAUUUCUCAAUGUCUGGGGUGACUCCUCAAAACAGCAAAAAUCAUUACAUCCUGAAUGAGUAUAAAAAAGCAAUUGGUUGCAACCACAAGAUUCUUGAGAACAAAGGUGUUCAUACUGGACCCCAGUGUUUUCUGUGUCAUCAAAGUGGACAAUAUUUUACCAGUAUUUCUAGUUUUCAUUAUUGUCGAAGAGUUCACACUGGAAAGAGACCCUAUGAGUGCAGCGAAUGUCUGAAAUCUUUUAACAGGCUCUAUUACCUUCAUUUACAUCAUGGAAUUCACACUGGGGAAAGGACUUUUGAAUGCAGUCAAUGUGGGAAAUUUUUUACCAGUAGCACUAGCCUCCAAGAUCAUCAGAGAUUUCACACUGCGGAAAGGCUUUAUGAGUGCAAUGAGUGUGGGAAAUCUUUUACCAGAAUUAAUCACCUUCAUUGUCAUCAGAGAGUCCACACUGGAGAAAGGCCUUAUGAGUGCAGUGAAUGUGGGAAAUCUUUUACUACAAUUGGUGAUUUUCAUCGUCAUCAGAGAGUUCACACUGGAGAAAGGCCUUAUGAAUGCAGUGAAUGUGGGAAAUCUUUUACCACUAGCACUAACCUCCGUUAUCAUCAGAUCUUUCACACAGGAGAAAGGCCUUAUGAGUGCUUUGAAUGCGGGAAAUCUUUUACCACUAGCACUAGCCUCCGUUAUCAUCAGAGAAAUCACACUGGAGAAAGGCCCUUUAAUUGCAGUGAAUGUGGGAAAUCUUUUACAAGAAUGUAUCACCUUUGUUGUCAUCAGAGAGUUCACACUGGAGAAAGGCCUUAUGAGUGCAAUGAAUGUGGCAAAUCAUUCACAACUAGCACUAGCCUCAGAUAUCAUCAGAGAUUUCACACAGGAGAAAGGCCUUAUCAUUGCAGUGAAUGUGGAAAGUCUUUUACCAGAAUUAAUCACCUUCAUUGUCAUCAGAGAGUUCACACUGGAGAAAGACCUUAUGAAUGCAGUGAAUGUGGGAAGUCUUUUACCACUAGCACUAGGCUCCGUGUUCAUCUGAGAGUUCACACAGGAGAAAGACCGUAUCAGUGCAGUGAAUGUGAAAAAUGUUUUAGCACUAGCACUAACCUCCGUGUUCAUCAGAGGGUUCACACAGGAGAAAGGCCUUAUCAUUGCAGUGAAUGUGGAAAAUCUUUUACCAGAAUUGAUAUCCUUCGUUAUCAUCAGAGGGUUCACACAUGAGAAAGGCCUUAUAAAUGCAGUGAAUGUGGGUAGUCUUAUAGUCACUCUAGUUGUUGUUAUAAUCAGAGAUGUUGGAAAUAUUUCAGCCAAAAUUGUUCUCCUCACGUGACUUCACAUGGAAGAUUGUUUUAGAAGUGUAGGAAGUGUGCAGUUUUUCGUUCAUGUUAAUACUACAGAAAGAAAUUCUUCGAAGCCUUGUUCAUCUGAAUCAAAUCUCAUACAGCCAAUCAUCUAUAAUAGACUCCCCAUAAUUUUUUUUAAUGUGGGAAGCCUGUGUGUCCAUGUUGCACUUUCUGAUUUACCCAGGUGUCUUGCCAGAUAUCUCCAUAUCACUGCAUAUUUCUGUUGCUGAAGAUACUUCACCUGCACCACCUAUUUGGUGCCAAAAGAUUGCAUCUGUUAACCAUUUUAAUGUUAAAAAAGCACAUAAGAGAAGGUAACAUUUCGCUGAUUUGUUGGAGAAAGUAAUAGAUUAACUUUUUUAAAUUUUAUUUUAUUUAUUUUUAGAGUUGGGAGAGGGACAUCAGUGUAAGGGAGAUAGAGCGAUUGGUUGUCUCUCACAUGCCCUCUCUGGAGACCUGUCCUGCAACCCAGAGCUGGGAUUGAACUGGUGACCUUUAGGUUCACAGGCCAGCACUCAAUCCACUGACACCAGCCAGGACAAAAUUAGGGAUAAUGGAACUUAUUUUUUAGAUUCUUAUUCCUUUUUCAUACACUAGUCGACACACUAUAAGCCCAGAGAACAUCAUCUGAGUUCAGCUAUCAGCUUGUAGAAGGACGGUUUUUCCCUUUUUCAGGGAUGUGCUCUUGCUAGAUAUCAGUAAUAAAAUUCUGAAUGGCCACAUCACCCCUGCAAGAACUGCCAGGCUUCCUUCUUUUUGGAUUGUAAAGUAAUGAAGGCCUUUUUCCCCAAAUUUGUUAAUCUUGGGCGUUCUGUGUAUUGUGUGGGGUAGUUUAUAAGCAGAUUUCUGCCCUACGAGCAUGAACCAGUGAACAAUUUUACAUGUGUCUCAAACUUUCUCUGACUCCAUGGGUACAGUUUGUUGUAGAAAUUAACUCAGUUUUUCCCAAACUUGCAUUACUUCUCAUUCCGUCUACCUAGGCAACACUGGGUUCUCUAUAGUUUUCACGAGAAGCCUAGAUGCUGUGAGUUUCAGGAGAGACAGAGGUCACUCCAAGAGGGGGUAGCUAAGACAACCUUAAGUACGUAUGGGUGCAGCAUGAUGUUUUCCUUUGCAAAGGAUGCCAAUAUUUUGGAGAGAAUCUCUGGCCCAGGUUUUACAAAGGGCCAUGUGUCACAAUGUCUGCAAUUCCAUAGGUGAUGGUCACUAGUAGCCCCACAGGGGUAUGGGGAAGCUGUGAUUGCCACAGGAACACUGGCCUAAAUAGGGUUGAGGAGACUGUAACUAGAUGGAAUGUGCCUCUUCUGAGUAAUCAGUAAGUAAAAUUAUUUCAAAAAUUUGAGGAUUUCAGUCACCUAUUAGAUGUUAAUGUCAAAGCCAUUGCACUGGAAGAAAAAAAUAAAGGGUAUCUUCAGUUGAGGGAUGUCACUUUUAUGACCCACCCAGCAUUCUUUUAUGGCAGCUUUAUUGGCUAUAUUUGCUGUCACUGAGGCAAAGUCCCAGGCGUCU